GUGGCCGCAAAAGCUUGUGAAUUUGUUUUAACACUGAUGAAGUUGUUAGAUGUUAACGAGAUAGAUGUGCAAAACAUUUUACUGCUGCAUUAUAUGCAAAUUCCUGUUCGUACUUAUUGCUUCGUGUAAAACCAAAUUUAAAAUAAUUUUUUCACAUAAGCGUUGUGAUUGAGCAGAACUUAGAUUUACUCUAUAUUUUUUAGUUAGUUUGAACUACAAAAAGGUGUUGCGCUGGCUCGGCUGAGACGUUGUACCCACGCGGUCGAUUCUUGUUAUUGGUACAACUCGUCAGCCAGCCAGCGAGUGAGAAUAAAGUUUUAAUUUAUUGAAGCUAUUAAUGUGCGGAAAAAGACAACAAUCAGCAGGCUGGUGCUUCGAAAAUGGUAAUGUGACGGACUGACCCGAGAUGCUCAAUAUAAAAAGCUUUGGAGGCAGGUUAAGAGCAACAAUUACACUUUUGAUUUGGUAGAUCACGCAGUAGACGCAUUAACUGUGAACAGAAAAUGAAACUAUUUUGUAUUUUAAUGAUCGGCAUUUUGGCUGCGGGCGCGCAGGCACGUAGUGAUAAAUAUUUUGGUGCGAAAUACCAUGUGCCAACAAAAGCAACAACACGCCAGCAAACAGCAAAAACAACAACCAGCAAAACAAACUUCCCGCAGCGACAAACAAUGGACGUUUACAAAUAUCCGAACAGCAUUGCCGCCGGCCAUCGCAGUAAUGCUGGACCAAAUGUGCCGAUCUUGCGUAAUGAUCAAGAAAUGAGAAAGGACGGCCGCUAUCACUAUCAAUACGAAACGGGCAAUGGCAUUAGUGGCAUGGAGCAGGGGACCGCUGGUGUUGCAAUCAAAGGCGUCUCCAGCUAUGUCUCACCCGAAGGUGUUGAAAUCAAGCUAUCCUACACGGCGGAUGAAACCGGCUAUCAUCCGGUGGGCGAUCACAUUCCCAAGACACCCGAAUAUGUGUUGCGCGCUCUCGAAUAUAUACGCACACACCCCUUCAAGGUGAUAAAGGCCGGCGAUGUGCACCCACGACUGUCCACUGAGAUAGCGCCACCAUUACUUACCCCCAACAACUCGCGAAAUUUCAACUACAAGUCGAGCAGCUUCAAUAGCAAAAGCGCUGCGACGAAGCGUCCGAGUCAACGGAAUGCUAGUCGCAACGAUGUAAGGCGUCGUUUUUGAAGAGUGUCUGUUUUACGUCUACUGUAAAACGAAUCUCAUUCUCUGAUGUAGCGUAGAUAAGAGGAAAAUGUAUUAUAAUUUAUUUUUAAUGAAUUUAACGAAUUCCAUAUCCAUUACUUAGCUGACAGACCAAUGCACUCAUUUCUAGUUAAUUACAAUCGCACAACACUGUUAUAGUAUAUUCGUAUGUAUAAAAUAUACAAACUGGUUAAAAAAA